UUCAUGACUACCCCGCCGGUGGCGGCAACAGCCGUCCUGGGGAGGGUCAUGGCCCCUGGGCCUCCUGAGCACGCUGCCUUGGCGGCGGAUCCCCCCGUGAACGCGGCUAGUGGGAUCCAGGAGCCCCAGGCAGUGCUGCCUGCUCAGAGGACGGUUCCCUCCGCCGCCUGCCCGGCGAUUCCCGCGGGCAGCGCCGCUAGAUUUGUCCUGAAUCCUGUGGGCACCAAGCUUCCCCUUAGUCUCGUCCCGUCCUUCGUUCCUCAACCCCGAGUGCUGCCUGCUCCCGUAGAAGGCAGGCUGGCGCUCCCGACUCCGGUUCAGCAGCUCCCCAAGUCCAGCUACAGGGGUGCGAGGCAGCCGGCCCCUCCCUCGGGAGGACCCAAACCCGCGCAAACGACGACAGUUCAGCUGCCUGCUAAUUUUCAGAUCCCCCAAGGAAUGAUUCUGGUCAGAAGUAAUACCGGUCAGUUAAUGUUGAUACCUCAACAAGCAUUAUUACAAGCUCAGAGUCAGGCCUCAAAUAACACCAAUGUAAGAUGCUCAAUACCUCCAGAUACACCUACAAUCAAAAUUCAGCCUGUACAGAGUUCUGGAACACAGGUACUUAAAGUACUAACAGCUCCUGUUAAAACGCUGUCUUGGGCAACUCAUUCUGUUACUUCUACUGUUAAGAAGCCUGCUAUAAUUCAGUCAGUAGCAUCAACAAAUAUAGCCUCAACAACAAAAUCAUUGAUUGCUGGAUCAUCAGCAAAGCCUCCUAUUUCUGAUUCUCCCAUGUUGACUUUCACUUCAAAACCAGUUCCUGAAACAGCUGGCCCAACAGUCACCCAAGCUGUCAGUUGUACAGAAAUGCUGGAAAAUGUGAAAAAGUGCAAAAACUUUCUUGCAACACUAAUAAAACUGGCAUCCAGUGGGCCCCAAGCACAUCAGAUGGGGCAGAAUGUGAAGAAGCUGGUUCAAAGUCUGUUGGAAGCUAAAAUUGAACCAGAAGAAUUUACCAAAGAACUGUAUGUGGAACUAAAGUCUUCUCCUCAGCCAUAUCUUGUUCCCUUUCUCAAGAAAAGUUUACUUGCCUUACGGCAAUUAAUGCCUAACACAGAGACCUUUAUACAGCAAUGUCUUCAGCAAUCUCUGCCUCAGACAGCUUCUUCUACUUAUCCCACUGCAUCCUCAACUUCUUCCACAGUUGCUGACAGCACUCCUGUGACUACAGUCUCCUUUCAAUCUGCAACACCAGUCCCUAGUUCUCCACUUCAAAUGUCCUCUCCACAGGCUUCAGUUUCAGUACCCUGCAUGGCUAUGACAAGUGGUUCUGAGUCUCUUCCACUUGUUGAGCCAGCUUGUGCCUUGGCUGCAGGGGCAUUCUCUUAUCAAGAUGACAACUCCAUGCUCUCCACUCAACUGGUUGGAAGGAUCAAUACCACAAAGACCAUGCAGCUAGCCUCCACUAAAACGGAGACAGCUACUCUUCAGGUAGUAAAGCCAGACUGUAGCCCAACAGUAUCAUCAGCUAUUCUUACUACUCCUAGUUCUAUGAAAUCAGCCACAUCAACUGUGAUGACAUCUCUUGAAGCUGCAAAGCUGGUCUUGACUACUACAGCAACCUCAGCUACAUCAGUAACCACAACUCUCCAAUCUGUCGUGCCCAUUGCUGGGGCACCAAUAGCUAUCAGGGUUGCCCAUCCCAAUUCUGUCCUUCCCCAGCCAAUUCGGACUUCUCAAGCUGUAAAGGUAAAACAGCUGGUAGUCCAGCAACCAGCUGGAAGCACCUUAAAAAAUGUGGCCAAGCAUCAGCAGGUUUCUACUCUCCCUAUUGUGAACAAGUUAUGUGAAAAAAUACCAUUGAAUGCUUUUAUCCAAAGUAGACAUCCUCCUGCAGGCUCCAUUGUGAAACAAAUUACCUUGGCAGGAAACAAAAUUCUGUCGCUUGAAGCAUCUCCUGUUCAGAGAAAUAAAAUAAGAGAGAGUGGAACAACAUCCUUCAGGGAAGAAGAUGACAUUAACGAUGUGGCUUCUAUGGCUGGUGUUAACUUGAAUGAAGAGCACGCGUGCAUAUUGGCAUCCAGUUCUGAAGCAGUCAGCUCUGUUAGGUGCCCUUGUCCAGAGAAACUCCUCCUCUCUUCAGAGGAGCUGCAAAAGUUGAUCUUAAAAAAAGGUAAAAGGCAUGACAUUAUGGAAGUUAAUUCUGAUGUUCUGAACUUGAUCUCCCAUGCUACACAGGAGAGAUUAAGAGGGCUUCUAGAAAAACUAACUUUAAUUGCUCAACAUCGUAUGAGGACCUAUAAGGGGAGUGACAAGUAUAUUUUAUCUAAUGAUACACGGGCUCAGCUUCAGUUUCUUGAACAAUUGGAUCAGGUUGAGAAACGGAGGAGGGAUGAAGAAGAAAAAGAAAAGUUGUUCCGAGCAGCCAAGAGCCGUUGCAAUAAAGAAGAUCCAGAGCAGCUGCGUUUAAAGCAGAAAGCAAAAGAGAUGCAGCAAUUAGAAUUUGCACAAAUGCAGCAAAGGGAAGCUAAUCGUGCCGCUCUGGAAGCCCUUGGGCCAAGAAAGAAGAGACCACUGGAUUCAUCUAUUUCUGUGUCUGGACUUGAGGGCUUCAACAGAUCAUCUGGUCUUGCAAAGCCAUCUCUUUGGCCAAGAAUAACCCGAAUUUGUCUCAGGGAUUUGAUCUUUUGUCUGGAACAAGAGAAAGAAAGAAAGCAUUCUCUAGUCUUAUAUCGAGCUCUUCUGAAGUAGUGGCUAGUCUAAUUCUGCAUUUCAGCUUACUACCAUACAUUGCCAAAGAACAAUUUGUUUGCACUAUCCUGAAGUCAUAUAUUACAUGAAAUUGUUUGUUAGGUCAUUGUUGAACAUAGGCACACUGCCUGGAUACAUGGAAGACAGAAGGCUUCAGGUGCCUGCUAAGUUCCAUGUGAGGUACUGUAUUGGUAUAUAAAUCCACAAUAUUAUUCUAUGAAGAGUGUGCCUUCUAACAUUGCAGUUAGGGAAGAAUGAUGUGAUGAAUGUAUUUAAUGACAAACCAGCAGUUUGCUAGUGCAUAGCCUGAAGAAUUCAACCUUUCUAUGUGUCCUAGUUGGAGAGAAACCACCUGGGAACCAACCCAAAAAAUGUCAGAAUGCAGGCUAUAAUUUCCUGCUUCCAAAGAAAGAUGGGGAAGGAAGAAUCCCUACUGGCAUUCUUUGUGUUACCAGUCCUACCAGACAAAUCUGCAAGCAAACUACAGUUGUAAGAGUUGGAGAAAGCAAUACUUGAAAUGUCAAAGUAAUUUCGCGGGACAUUUCAUAGGACGGUGGCCCACCCAUUUUCACCCUAAGAUGACUUCAGAUGCAUUUAACUUCACAUAUGCAUUUGUGUGUGUGUGUGUUUUAAAGCAGCCUACAAGGUUUAAGAUGCCCCCUUGCUUUAUUUAGAAUAUAAAAUGAUUUGGUCUCCUUCAUUGUGGGAAUGAGGAGAAUAUAUGUACUGAUUAUCAGGGAUCUGCUCACUUUAUUUUAUACUGGUGACUUGGAAAUAAUUCUAAAACCUGCUAAAAAGCAGCAGAAGAAAAAUUUUGCUAGGGCAUUUGCAGAAGAGCACAAAACUCUCCAGGGUGCCACAGUGUUGAAUGUAAAUAUUAAUCUAUCCUGAAUAGAUGAUGAUGGAUGAUGAUGAUGAUAGAGAUCCACCUGCCAUCAUCUUUUGCACUUUUCUAUGAACAUUACCUUAUUGUGGACAUGUAAUAUACCACAAAUGAUAUGGAUGUAUAUCAUGGAACCUGUGGGGAAGACAGCAACUGAAUGCCUUCGCAAUUGAAGUCUUUAUUUUAAAUAAAAAGAUUCUUUACAGUUUCUCUACAUAUUAUGAAAUGGAAAAUACAUAGAUGGGGGAAAAAUACUUUAUAACAAGAACUACCGAAGUUAUAUUGAGUUUCUAAUCUAGUCAUGGUUUCCCUGUUAGGAGAAUGGUGAACUGAGAUAGAUAAACCAAUGCAGUAAAUUAUUUGUGUCUUUAUGCAUAUUUAUAAAGUGGGCACUCUUGGAUAAGAAGGAAUAAGUAGCACAAUUUUGAUGGUUCAAGGCAAAUAGGUUUUGUAUAGUAAAUGCUUAUCUUUUUAUGUAAAAUGCAGUAUUUUUCCUGU